UAUCGCGUUGACUUCGCCGAAAAAGUACAGAUUUUCUGAUUUCCGAACACAUGCACGGAUUAAAGCCGAAUUAUUCAUAAACAGUUCAAUUUAAUCGACAGUUUCCUGUUAUAAAGCUAAUAACGCCACAAAAUAAACAUGGAUUUGGAAUUGAAAAAGGCCUUUACCGAGAUGCAGAUGAACAAAAUCGAAUCCACCAAGAAAAUCCGUUUGUUGGACAUGAAGACCGAUAGCCUGAAGGUGUCGAAACAGCGAGUUGAGCUUACAAAUAAGGAAGUCUCCCAUCUUAAUACCGAUACCAAAGUUUACGCUUCGGUUGGUCGAAUGUUCGUGCUGUCAAAUGUGCCUUCAUUGACGUCGGAGAUGAAAACCAAGCAAAGUAACUUCGAAGAGAUGAUCGGCCAAUGUGAAAAGAAUAAGGAGUUUUUGUUGAAAAAUCUCAAAGAACAGGAAGACAGCCUAAGGGAAUUGGUACAACAAAAAAGGACAGAAUCUACAGCGAAGGAAAACGGAACCGAUACGAAGGAGUGAUGCUAGAAUUUAAGUUCAGAACCAUUAGAGGAUGCAUUUCGGAUGAU